AAAGCAUACUUUUCUAAAUUUCCAAAGCAAUAUAAAUUGAGAAAUGCAACAACGGAGCUCAGUGCAUUUUCAGGCUCAGAAAGAAUCAGUUAAACACAAUUAACAAUGGCAAAGGCUUUCAUUAUUUUAAUAAUCAGCGCUUUGAUGCUCUUGCAGGUGCAAGCAGUUCCGCGCAUGCGUCGCGAUACUGGUAAUGUAGCUGUUCAACAGAAAGCGACGAACGCACGUUCCACGGGAACUUCGGAAAAGUUGAAAUUUAGACCACGUCAGCUACUGAUGACCACAACCCUGGCAGAUUUAUUGGGUUUGGCAAAAUAUGUGACCGAACAUGGACGUCCGCUCUUCAACAAAACCCUCGCACAAUUGGAGGCAGUUCCAGAUAAGUGUGACGGCCUUAAAGCGAAUAUCACACGCAUUUCUGAAUACCUUAAAACGAACGCUAAUCAGGGACAGUCGGAUGCCGCCGAAGACAUGUUGUCGCUUUUCGAAUCGAUGAUUACGCUAACGAGCAUAUUGCAAGAUGCCAACGAAAUGCCCCCAGAAUUGGAGCAAACAAAGACCGUUCAACAGGCUUUUAUUGAUAAUGGUUCGGAUAAGUUUGAAGAUGAUUUGAUGGCCGAAUUGAAAGUGGUCUCGAAGAAAUUCGAAAAAGCAAUCGAACAUUAUCUAUCCAUCUUGACUGAGGACCAAAAGAAGGAAGAGACUAAAUUAAUUGACUGGUAUACUAGGUUUACAAAUGAGAAGGAUGACGAGAAGAAAGCAGAAUUUUACUCCAACUUCUUUGACACUUUCAAUCCUUGAAAAUGUUUUAAUAUCUGUUUCAUAUAUGUAAUAUCAAACGUAUAUGGCUUAACCUUUAAGUAAAUAAAAUAUAAAUAUAUAGAGCUGCCUAAAA